AUGUCAUCUUUAGUACAAUUAUCUAGAUUCUGUGCUCAUUUGAAGAACAGUUUGAAUGUCACCAUGAGUAAAACCUCACUUCCAUAUAACAGAACAAAUUUACAAGCAGCCAUGGCAUUAUAUCAACAAGGUUUUAUAAGUUCGGUUCAAAGAGGUUCAACAGAAGGUCCAGAUUUAGUGCCUACAGAAGCAACUCCAGAUAAUAUAACCUCUAGAAGACUAUGGGUAGAUUUAAAAUACAGAAACAAUCAAUCUGUCAUAAGUGAAUUAAAUUUGAUUUCAAAACCAAGUAGAAAAAUCAAUUUGACAUCAGAAGAAAUCAAAGCAUUUGCAUCUGGUUUAAGAGUAAGAAACCUUCCUCCUUUACAACCAGCUGAAUGUGUUUUUAUUGAAAAUGAUAGAGAGGUUGUCGAAGUUCAAGAUGCCGCUAAAAGAGGUUUGUCCGGUCAAGCUUUAUUUAGAGUUAGAUAA